AGGCAAUUAAUUAUACUGUAUUUCAUCCUGACAUUGGUCUGAGUAUGUACCUUUAUAUUUUGCUAGGUUGUAAAGGCUCCUUGAGGGUGAUUCUUACCUCAGAAUUUCUUGUAAAGGCUCUCUUCUUGCCUUCCACCUCAUGGCCUCAUCUCAUCUAGCCCCCAAGGUAGUAGUUUCUGUUGCUCAGUAUAGGUUUUAAGAGGCAGGACCGUCUGUAUGGCACUGAUUCACAUAGUUACACACAUCUUGUCUUUAAGUCAGAAGUUUUUAAAGAAGUGGACUCUUUAAUACAAGAAAUUACCUUUCGGUAAUGGCAUGAACUUCUCAGUUUUCCCAAAAGUGAUGAUGGGAAUUGUAUUUAUGAUACUACUAUUAUUCUGACCUUUGUGUGAUAGUGUUCAAGAUGAAUGGUGGAGUAUGGGAUGACAAAUGGUUGUGAACUUGGUGGUGCUAAUUACUCAAGGAUGGAACCUGUGAACUUGGUGUUACCAUAGCAAUCAUCUUUGUUUUCAUAAAUGCUGACUUUGGUUAUGUUAAUCUAACAUAAGUAGAGGCUAUCAUUGGAAGAACGAUUAGCAGAAUGCUUAAACAGUUACUCCUGGGGGUAUUAACUUACUGGACACUGAUCUGAAAUGGCUGCUGUAUAGCUUCAUCAUUCAUAAAUAGUUCUUACAUUUCCAAUUUACAAGUUCUUUAAAGGCAGAGACCAUUUUUUAUGUCUCUAUCACUUCUGAUACCUUUGUGUUUAAUACCUUGGUUUCCUGUUCUUCAUAGUCUAUGUCCGUCCUUUCACUUCUUUGAAAUGAGUAACAUGUAAUGAGAGAAGCAAGAAGCAAAUAUUUAGCAGUGUGUUUAGACUUCUAAGCAAGUGUCUCAGCCUUUUCAUGAUUUGCUUCUAACAGUCAACUGUCAAAGAGAUACUGUGUGCUAAAAUGAUCAAAGCAAAGAUCUUUCCCAAGAUAAACUGUAGGCUUUCUCUUAUGAGUCCCAGAAAAGGAAUGGUCAGACUCUUUACUGUUUAAUUACAUACCUCCAGAUGAGAAUGCUCAGUAGCUUAAGCUGUACCUUUUGGUUUCCUUACAGAGAGAUUUGCUUGACUCCUUAUGAGUCUGUUUAGGCUUUUAAAUGGGAAGGAGAAGCGUAUUUCUAAGUGAGAAGAGGCUUGGAUUCUCAUGAUAGCCAGGUGUUUUACAGGAAGGUUUUAGGAGAAGCAGUUCAUAGGAAGAUGAUCCAAAAGGAAAAUACCCUCCAGAAGAACACACCAUGGCAAAGAGAUGUCUAACUUUGGAACUUAGUGAUUUGGCCCGUGACCCUCCAGCACAAUGUUCUGCAGGUCCAGUUGGGGAUGAUAUUUUGUUUUGUAUUUCCCUAGUGUUUCAUUGGCAAGCCACAAUUAUGGGACCUAAUGACAGCCCAUAUCAAGGCGGUGUAUUCUUUUUGACAAUUCAUUUUCCUACAGACUACCCCUUCAAACCACCUAAGGUUGCAUUUACAACAAGAAUUUAUCAUCCAAAUAUUAACAGUAAUGGCAGCAUUUGUCUCGAUAUUCUAAGAUCACAGUGGUCUCCUGCUUUAACUAUUUCUAAAGUUCUUUUAUCCAUUUGUUCACUGCUAUGUGAUCCAAACCCAGAUGACCCCCUAGUGCCAGAGAUUGCACGGAUCUAUAAAACAGACAGAGAUAAGUACAACAGAAUAUCUCGGGAAUGGACUCAGAAGUAUGCCAUGUGAUGCUACCUUAAAGUCAGAAUAACCUGCAUUAUAGCUGGAAUAAACUUUAAAUUACUGUUCCUUUUUUGAUUUUUCUUAUCCGGCUGCUCCCCUAUCAGACCUCAUCUUUUUUAAUUUUAUUUUUUGUUUACCUCCCUCCAUUCAUUCACAUGCUCAUCUGAGAAGACUUAAGUUCUUCCAGCUUUGGACAAUAACUGCUUUUAGAAACUGUAAAGUAGUUACAAGAGAACAGUUGCCCAAGAUUCAGAAUUUUUUUAAAAAUGGAGCAUGUGUAUUAUGUGGCCAAUGUCUUCACUCUAACUUGGUUAUGAGACUAAAACCAUUCCUCACUGCUCUAACAUGCUGAAGAAAUCAUCUGAGGGGGAGGGAGAUGGAUGCUCAGUUGUCACAUCAAAGGAAGCAGCAUUAUUCUAGCAUCCAGUCUUUUUUUAAGCCUUCCACUGUUAGAGAUUUGAGGUUACAUGAUAUACUUUAUGCUCAUAACUGAUGUGGCUGGAGAAUUGGUAUUGAAUUUAUAGCAUCAGCAGAACAGAAAAUGUGAUGUAUUUUAUGCAUGUCAAUAAAGGAAUGACCUGUUCUUGUUCUACAGAGAAUGGAAAUUGGAAGUCAAACACCCUUUGUAUUCCAAAAUAGGGUCUCAAACAUUUUGUAAUUCUCAUUUAAAUUGUUAGGAGGCUUGGAGCUAUUAGUUAAUCUAUCUUCCAAUACACUGUUUAAUAUAGCACUGAAUAAAUGAUGCAAGUUGUCAAUGGAUGAGUGAUCAACUAAUAGCUCUGCUAGUAAUUGAUUUAUUUUUCUUCAAUAAAGUUGCAUAAACCAAUGAGUUAGCUGCCUGAAUUAAUCAGUAUGGGAAACAAUCUUUUGUAAAUGCAAAGCUGUUUUUGUAUAUACUGUUGGGAUUUGCUUCAUUGUUUGACAUCAAAUGAUGAUGUAAAGUUCAAAAGAGUGAAUAUUUUGCCAUGUUCAGUUAAAAGUGCACAGUCUGUUACAGGUUGACACAUUGAUUGACCUGAUUUAUGCAGAAUUAAUAAGCUAUUCGGAUAGUGUAGCUUUAGUAUGCUGCACAUGAUACUGGCAGCCCUGGAGUUCAUAGAUGGACUUGGGACCCAGCAGUUUUGAAACAUGUAUGUGGAGUUUGAGAAAUUUAUUUUCCAGGUGCAACCCCCAUCUAACUAAAUUUUUUUCUUCACCUUGUACACUCGACAGCUGAAAAAACCAUAACAUGGGAGUAAUAAUGGGUCAAAAUUUACAAAAUAAAGUACUGUUUUGGUGUGGGAGUUGUCAUGAGGCUGUGUUGAAGUGACUUAACUAUGUGGGAUAUUGAAUAUCCAUUGAAAUGGAUUUGUUCAGCCAUUUACAUUAAUGAGCAUUUAAAUGCAACAGAUAUCAUUUCAGGUGACUUAACAUGAAUGAAUAAAAGUCAAUGCUAUUGGAUUA